UUUUUAUUAAAAAAAAUCACAACAAAUAUAAUAAUCACAAUCAAAAACCAGUUGAUAGAAAUGAUCCAAGAAGCAAGAUUAAAGGUACUGUUCUUGAAAUAGUAGAUCCAGAAAAUCUAGAAAAUAAAAUUUUACAUGCGAUAUAUCGAUGCAGUUAUGAAGAUUUAAAUGAUCUUGCAAAUUGUAUUUGGUGUACACCUGAAUAUUGUUCUCGAUGUACUUUCGCAAGAUAUGAUUCUGAAUCUAGACCAUUCCAUUAUAUACUAGAAAAUUAUAAAAAAAAACCAAACAACUCUAAUGGAAAUAAUCAAUAUACUAAAGAAAACUCAUCUGAAAAAAUAAUGGAUGAUUUAUUUGUUGAAAACAAAUCAGAUGAUGAGAUUAUUGUGGAAAAUAUGCAAGAUAAUCCUAGAUGG